AUGGCGGAGCACUCGCGAGGGAAAACGCCAAUCCUACUGCUCAAGACAAAGUCAGCGCCGACCGACACAUAUGAAGAGCUGUUCUCUACUUGCGACAACAGCCGGUUCGCACCCGUCUUUGUGCCUGUACUCGAGCACAGGUUCAAACGGGAUGCCCUGGCCACGGUGCGCCAGCACAUCGUCAACCGAGGAUUCGUGCCAACAUCGCAGAACGGCCUUGCGACUUACGGUGCUCUGAUUUUCACCUCACAGCGGGCUGUAGAAGCGUUCCAUGAAGUAGUAGAAGACAUUCGAAAAGAAGGGUCCUUUGUAGUCGAUGAACUGCUGCCCGAGAGUCUACCUCUCUACGUCGUCGGGCCGGCCACCGCACGUGGGUUGCGGGCGUUGAACCUGCGCUGUCCUAUUCUAGGCGAGGAGACGGGCAAUGGAGAGGCCCUUGCAGGCUUCAUACUGGACCACUACAACGCCCUGUACCCGGGUGUCUUGAACCCACCAAUCCUGUUCAUGGUUGGUGAUAAGAGAAGGGACAUCAUACCAAAGACACUGCAGUCUGAAGCGCUUGCUGUCGACAGAAGAGCGAAAGUUGAUGAGCUGGUUAUAUACGAGACCGGCGAGCUGCGUUCUUUCAAGACCGACUUUACCACGGUCUGGCGAGGAAAUGUGGACAGCGGAUCAAAGCGCCAAUGGGUCGUAGUCUUUUCUCCAACAGGCUGCCAGGCUAUGCUCGAGAGCCUGGGACUUCUGGACGUCGAGACUGGAAAAGCUAAGAAGGUCGAGGGCUCAAGAGACACACUCAUAGUGACCAUCGGCCCUACGACUCGCGACUACUUGAUCAACGAAUUUGCGUUCACUCCCGAUGUCGUUGCAGAAAAGCCGAGCCCUGAAGGUAUUGCUGAGGGCAUACGAGCUUUCAGUAAGUUGUCGUCUUAG